GCGAGAAGCCCUUCGAGUGCAAGCUGUGCCACCAGCGCUCCCGGGACUACUCGGCCAUGAUCAAACACCUUCGGACCCACAACGGCGCUUCCCCCUACCAGUGCACCAUUUGCCUGGAGUACUGCCCCAGCCUCUCCGCCAUGCAGAAGCACAUGAAGGGCCACAAGCCGGAGGAGAUCCCCACCGACUGGCGGAUAGAGAAGACCUAUCUCUACCUCUGCUACGUCUGAGGGAGGAGGCGCCGGGGCGGCGGGGCUGAGUGCCGGAGGACUGGGCAAA